AUGUUCAAACGGCCGUUGCCUGUGCGCGGAGACGAGAGCUUCCAGAGUGGUGGAUCGGGCCACUCACUGCAAACCGCCGAACCCACGACCUCGACGGGGAUGGCAGAAACUCACUUCCCGGGAAACAGCACGAAAACGCUGCCCAGCACUGUUGGUGUGGGGCGGCAUGACGGACAUCAAGACGGGCACUUAAACUGCAUUGCCGCACGCCACGGAUGGACACGCACCUUCUCGAUCUCGCCUGAAGAACUGGCUGUAAUUGACUAUGAUACCCUUGAACGAAUCCUGGAGGUGAAUACCCUGCGACUAAGGCCUAUGGGCCUACGCAUAUUCGUAGAGCAGCCCGCCGAGUCGGGAUCAUGGUCUAAAGUGAGGCCAUGGAAACAUGAUUCCUCCCUCCAAACAAUCCUUGUCCAAAAAUUCCUCGAAGACCGCCGUGCGACAGGCACGAUAACGCGCUUUGACGUGCGUGACGGGUCUGACCGACGAGACGAAUCAGACACACACAGUCUGCGCUCCGUCGGGAGCCGUAUAGUCCACGGCAUACAGCAUCCUCGAGGCGGGUCAGAGGCAUCAGCGCGAUCAUCGGCGACCACCACGGGCCGGGCGGCCCGGCCCACAAGCUGGUUCGGUACACUGCUGCGAAGGAACACAAGCAAGGGGAAGAAGAAGCAGACUGCGCCAAUACCCGCUGAUGGCGAGGAUGAUGAGGACGGGGAACAUCCACCUGAGCCCCCCGCGAAGCAGUCCACGUCCACCUCGAUCUUUGGCUACCUCAACCCACUCGCGCUGUUCUCUUCUUCAGCACCAACUUCAAAGCAACCUGAAGCCGAAACACUUAUGUCACCAGAAGAGACACGGGCAGCAGAGGUCGAAAACUUGCGCAAACGCGGGUGGAUGCCGCCAGGCCUCGCCAAGCGGCAGCGAUCGCUACGCGAGCGACUUAAAGCCCGCGAGGGCCAGAACCCGUUCCUCGGCGGGUCACGUGUGUAUGUUCGCAGCAGCAAGAAACGGGAGGAGGUGGAGAACCCGUUUGAGGCUGACGCGACAGAGAUUACGCCACAAGAGGUGGACGAAUUCUUUGAGAUUGACCGGACAUCGUCAAUCAUCGAGAUGAACAACCAACCGCCAGUCAAUGUUAAGCCAAAGAACUCGUGGGGUCGGCUCAAGGGUGAAAAGAAGAGCAAGAAGAAUAAGGGAAAGCAGAAGGGAGAGCUUGGGGGCGGCGCGGCCAUCGUGCGCAACGCGGUGGAGGCUUUCCCCAACUCGCCGCACCAUUCACAGAAUAAUAUUGAUAAGGUUGACCACGAUGCGGAGGAGGACGAGUAUUAA